AUGGGUUGUAAUCAGAGCAAAGUGAGAUUUUCGCAAGUAUUUAAGAGGAAGAGGGUAAGAGCAACUUAGCGGUUGAUGAAGUUUUCGUAAUAAAUGAAAAAAAAUGCCAAUUUUCUGCAUCUUUCGUUGUAGUUUUCGAGAGUGUUAAGUAAGGUCGUUGAAAACAUAUGGCGUCAGCCUUACCAUAUAAGGGCACAAAUUUGAAAUUAUUCUGACCAAUCAUAGAGAGUUAUUUGAAGGCCCCAUGUGGGGUUAACGUGACCUUAAAAGGAAACAAAUUUGAAAAAUUCUGACCAAUCAUAGGACAUGUUUGCAAGCCCACGUGGUUUCGGUUCAACCGUAAAAGGAAACGAAUUUGAAUUGAAAGUGACCAAUCACUACGCGUUUCCUCCAUAUCUCGCGCGUGCGUAGAAAGAUUGAGCCGUUACAGAACAACGAGUGAUUUUUGUUUAGCUCGGAAGAAAAGGCAACUGAAGAAAAUCAACAAACAAACAAAAAAUAAAGAUGGUUUCAUUUAUCGCAAUUGAAACCACGAAGUCUCCAAUGUUUCUUUGAAAUGUAGCGAUCACUAGAAAAGUGCUAUAUCAGCAUGAUUUGACUGCAGUGUCAGGCAGCGCGUGCAUGACAAAUCGUCGCCUUUCAAUUUUUUGAAAGAAUGGAUGAGAUCUUCUAAUAUCCAUGUUGAGAAUAAAUAUAUUGAAGAUGACAUUUAAUAGAACAGUUUAAAUCGACAACAACAAAUUUUAUUUACAUUCAAUUGCUAGUAAUUACAAAUAAUUUACCCACCCUCAAAUAAUAGCAAGGAAACUAAUCGAGGCCGAGGAGGGCGGGGGAAAGGGAGAGGGAAAAUAAGACAUAUUUUACAUUUUUUAUUUUUAUUUUAUAUUUUACGGUUUGAGAAAAAAGGACUAGACAACAACAACAACUAAAUCUUAGAUCAAAUAAAGUAAAUUCGAAUCAAACUCACUUCAGAAAUUUUCUUGGGUUUCAGUGUGGAAAACCGCCAUCCCGGUUGGGAACUCCCUUAUAUAGGGGCGGGGAUUCUCGUUGUCUCGCUUAGGGGUGUAAAUUUCGGAUUUUGGUCUCACUUGGGGUGUUCUGGACAAAAACGCCAGUAUAUUUAGCCGUAAAAGUCUCUAUUAGGGCUGCAUGCGAAGAAAUAGAAAAAAUUAUGUAUUUUCAAUUCGUUUUAUUUACUCGAUACAUGUAAUCCCUGCUUAAAAUGGUCUCUUUUAGGGGUCAAAAAAGGGUUAGGCCACGCCCCGAUAGGAAUUGAGGGGAGAGUUUAAUUCGAAAUUUCCGACGAGUAUCCCUACCCCUUUCAUAUGGGAGUCGCCCUGGGCCGUCAGCCGUCAAAGGUCCAAAAUUUAACUGUUAACCGUCGACCGUCGAAAAAGUCUUACGUGGAUUCUUGCCCCUGAAAAAAUGUCUCAACUAGAAAAAAAAAACAUUCCAUGUUUUAAAAAAAGCUCUUUCUAGAAAUUGAAUGUAUUUGGAAAUUAUAUUUUAGUGAAAGGCCAAGACAACCUCCAAAACGUAACAGUUCAUAUUAAUUCGUAAUUUACGUUUGGACUAAAUUUCUACUUAAUAACGUAACCGUCAACCUGUCAAUAUUAGGGGAAAAAAAGGCAGCGUCAACCGCCUAUGCUACCACUCCAUCGAGACCCACAUAAGAGACUCCUUACUUAUCUGUUAAUAAUUUUUUUUGCUAGGCAACCAAGAGAACAACUUGGUACGUUGACCUUGGUACGUUAGAAUGCAGCCCUCCUCUUAUGCAGCAUACGUCACAGAAACCAGCCCCAGCCUCAAACAUCCAUUAUGAGGACUUUUCCAUUCUGUCUUUUAUGACAAGAAAAGAUCAUUACGAGUGGGUGGAGAUGUAUGCUAAAGAACAAUUGCUUGAAUGUUUGGAAUCUUGCUUAAACUAUAAAGGAUUUCAUGAAUAUGGAUUCCACUUAUUAUCACUUAGUCCAAGGCCAUUGCUGGAGAUCAGAACUUACGAUAAUAGAUCCAUUCAUUCCCUUCCUUGGGGGAACUCCACGGCCUUGGAGUACUUUCUAAGGUAGGUACAAAGGAGACGACUCCGGGUUCAUUGUAACUAGUACCCUGCGAGUAAGCUCACCAAAUAUGGGAAGCGAGCCGCGAGAGCCUGCCCCUCGAGCUCUCGUCUCCUUUCGAGCGCAGCUCUCGCGUGGAUUCUCGCGAAUCCCCCAAAUGGAAAGCUUCCUCGCAGGCUGAUGGUAAAUUGCCAUCGAUCUUUUCCUCGGUCGGAAUCCAAGACAGUCUUGGAUUCUGGAUUCCACGCCAUGGAUUCCGGAUUCCAAAUAGUUGAUUUCGGAGCCUUUGUAAGUGGAAUUUGGAUUCCGGAUUCCAAUCGUUGGCGGGAUUCCGUGAGCUGUAUUCCGGAUCCCAAAGCCCGGGAUUCUCGAUUCCACAAGCAAAAAUGUUCCUUACAUGAAGCGCAAUUAGGAAAAAAUAUUUAUUGCCCAAAUAAGGUAACCCGGUGCUCGAAUUCCGGAAUCCGCAAAAAAAUUGCUUGUUCAAUCCGGAAUCCUUGGCUUCGGAAUCAGGGAAUACCCGGAUGCUGAUCAAGGAUUCCAGAAUACAAGUUCCAAUGACAAUGAAUCCGGAAUCCCGUAGUACCUGGAAUCCGGAAUCCACCACGUUUUAAUGCCUUUAUAUUUGCAAAGUUUAACAAAGUUGAGCCUCUGGAUAAUAAUUCUUAGCAUUUAAAUGUUCUCAACUGAUUUUGUAAAAAUGAAAGUUCUGAUGGGCUCUCCAGCUCUAUAAGUUUUGCGAACUUUUUUUUCCACCCUGAUAACUUGCAAAAACAGCGCGGAGAGACGGUUCCACACUGACUUUCCCCUUCAAUAUUCCGUCCCGAUAGCCCCCCUCCUCCUCCCCCCACUGUAUUAUACCGCCGGGCCUCCGAGGUUGGAAGUGCGCAGAAGAUAUCGUGCAUCGGAAAGAAAAAGCGGGUGUUCGGUAGCUUAGAAUGCUGAGAAAACAAUGGGGUGGUCUAUCAAUGUUAAAAAUUUGAAAAAAAAAACACACACACACACUCGCUAGAAUUCUCAACAGUUAAAUUGGCCUUUGUAUAGAACGAAAGUUGAAAGAAACAUGGCGUUAUUUGUAAUAAAUUACGCUAAAUAGGUCUCUAAGGAGGAAAAACUUUAUAGUAAGGAUAUUUAAAGGCCAAUUAGCCUGUUCUUUUCUUAUUCAUUCACAGAACUAUUCCAGAAGCAAUUGAGGCAAAGGUGGGGAAUGACCCCUUUGUUCUUGUUAUCGACGAUCUCGAUAACGAGUCAGGCUACAGUAAAAUGUGUGUUAGUCUGAUUGAGAAGACCUGCCAGACGCUGCAAAUGAGGUAAAAUAAUAAAAAAAAUUGUUAUACUUUCCUGGUCCCCAGGGUCGUCUUGUGUUCCAGUAUGGCAGCUGUAAGGGAAACCCAGCCUCGUUCCCAGUCGUCCUCGGCGAUUUUGGAUGUGACGUCACCAGUUAGGCUUGUAGGGAAAAUUCGCUCUCGGUUCCAAGCCUCCUCUUAUAACUCGGAUAGCGCGAACUGGCCUGGGUACGAGGCUGGGGGAGACCCCCUUCUCUUCUGCCGCCACCUUUUUGGAAAACGAAAAGACUCUAGGGAAGAGGUUGGCACUUGUGAUUCCAUCGUGAGUAGCACUCCAUGUAAGGAGUGUCCAAAAGCAACUGAGUUAAAAAGGCAACUUUUCGUUCCUCUUGUUGUCUGUUGUUUUUACUUCUUUGUUCACUCCCCCUUUUCUCAUUCAUCCUAUUUCUAGUAAAUAAGUCUUUUCAGAAAUGUAAGUGAUAUGCAUAAAUCACAGGGAUUAUUUCUAGCAACCGGGCGAAAAAUAUUUGAAAUUGUUUUCUCCGUGUUAGAGCGGUUUUCACUUGACUGUCGUAAAACCAAAACCAAAGUAAAUACACUAGACAACCAAAGGGCGUAGUAAAACCAAAGAAAGACGAACCAAAACCAAAACCAAACCAAUUCCUCAAUUACUUUCGACAGUCAAGUGAAAACCGCUCUAUUGGAAAAGGUGCCCGUAAUUAUCAUCAUCAUCAUUAUCAUCUUCAUCUCUAUCAUUUUCAUCAUCAUUAUUUUCGGAAAAGUUGUGAUCAUUAACAUACUGAUUUUGAUUCUUUAGUCUCACUUUAGAAAUACCCAUGCUUUUCAAAAGAAUGUAAAUAAACGAAUCACUUUGGAUUGAAUCUAUCUUGUUUUGAUGUCAUUCACUGACUGCCAUCUUAAUUUUCACAGAUUUGAGGGGAGGUUGAAGAGAGUUUGUAUCAACAGACCAUACGGUCUGUUAGCUUAUGACCUCGCGAUCAGAAAGCGCUUCAACCUCCCGUUUGCCAGGUAAGACAUCUCAUGAGGUAUUGCUAAUAUAGCAAUUAUAUCGGGUGGUCGGGAUCUUAACACUGCCUCGUUACCGGCGCAACGGUCUUCCCUUGUGUUUUUGCGUUUUUGAAGCUUUCCCAUAAUUCUUGCGCGCGACUACCGUCGAAAAUCCCAAGAAGAGUCUGGGUACGAGGUAGUGCUUAAUAUGCAUUUGCAAAUAGUAGUUAUAUAGACUAGGGAAACGUUUAGUCAGCUUUGAUCAACCUCGUGCUCAGGGAUUCGCAUUUAGAUAAGGAGGAAGCCCUGGGAACGAGAUUGCUUGUUGAUUGCCGUUAAAUUACCAAAGGUCCUGGCCCAGUUGUUCAAAAGGCAAAUCCAUUUGAUAAUCGAAAUCUCUAUCCAGCAGAUAGGGCAAUUGAUUUCCGUUAUACGUAUUCAAUAUGUAGCAAUUUAUCCGGUGGAUUGCGCAAUCCAACGUUUGAACAACCGGUGCCUGGAAUUGAACAAUCCGCAACCUCGUCUUCAGGGCUUUUCCCGAAAGCCCUGGGGACGAGGUUGGAACAAUCCGCUCCUCCUGUAGGAUAAUCUCGUACCCAGAUCUCCCUCAAGACAGAGUGAGAUCUGGGUACGAAAUUAUCUGUAGCAAGUAAGGGACUACGCAGAUCUAACCUCUCACAUGUCUUCCACUGUCACCUGUCAUAAGACAUUCUGAUCGAUUUUAAUUAAUGAACGUUUUCUUUUUCAGCUGUGAAAUUGAGAAUAAGCUAAUAGUAGCUGAUCGAUUCUCUGUGGGCAAGCUGGCAAGAGCUACAGGUUAGUUUAUAUUGAGAGAGGCGUUCUUGAAGAAUUUGCCGAUUUUAUUUCAUUUGUGGUCAAUUUGAGCGCAAUAUUACAUUUGUGGCUUCAACCCCCCUUGCUUACGCGCAACAUGUUUGUACAACUUAUCCUUCUUUUUUAAAGACGGUUAUCUUAGAACUGGUUUUUUGUUGGUCUUGCAGGUUUUCCAGGAAGACUUAUUCCAGAAGAUGAACUUAAAACUAGAGUUGCGAGUCUCUGA